GUAAACACACAAAGGAGCUCAAGGCAAUUUGAGGCUCAGUUUUCCUACAGUUUAUCGGUGUUCCGAUCAAUCAGGUUCAGUUCAGCAGUGUCAACACGAGAUGGAAGUUCAUUGCAAAGUUAUGGAUGUGGUCCGGAGAGCUACGGUCCAGUCAGACGAUAGAGCACAGCUGUUGGGCCAGGAAGAAGCAGGACCUACGUACAUUAAAGAGGAAGAGGCGGAGGGUGCCGUCACAAAGUUCCCUUUCCCUGUUGGAAUGGACAGUGAAGAUGACAACGAAGUGAGAGGGGAGGAGCCUCCAACCAGCAGCUCUAACACAAGAAACAACUGUGGAGGACCAGAAUCAACUACAUAUUUAAAUCCACUUCUGCUCUUCGACCACCAGGGGCCGCUCUCACCUGAGCUCAAAACAGAGAUCAGUGACUGUUUGAACGAGGCUCAGCCAGUCUCCAAUUUAGAGAUCAAUGAGACAAGAGAUGAAAUAGAGUCUUUGUCUUGUUUGUUUUGUGGGAAAAGAUUUGGUCAGAGACGGAACCUUGAAGUGCACACAAGAAUACAUACUGGAGAGAAACUGUUUGACUGCAUGGAGUGUGGGAAAUGUUUCAAUCGCAGUGACCAUCUGAAGACCCACAUGAAAAUCCACACAGGAGAAAAAACCUUUCGCUGCUCUGAGUGUGGAAAAUGUUUUUAUCAGUGUGGGGGUCUCACGACUCACAUGAGGAUUCACACCGGAGAAAAACCUUUUAGUUGCUCAGCCUGUGCCAAGCGCUUCAAUCGGAUCGAUCACCUGAAGAGACACAUGAAAAUACACACCGGGGAGAGACCAUUCUGCUGUUCAGAAUGUGGUAAAUGUUUCACUGAGAAAGGGGAUAUGAAGAAACACAUGAGACGACGACAUUAGACCCAGAGCUCGUCUUGUAUAGUCACAUUCAUGUAUCCAUAUAAAAUAAAUCUUUACUUCUGCAUUCAUCACAUUAUACUAAAUGAUUCAGUGUUAAUGUUAUACUUUUCUAUGCGUUCUUAAGUCAAAUUAUUCUAACUGCCAAAGGGAUGUCAUUAGAAUCUCUCUCUGUGGAACUGCUCUGAGCAGACCCUGUUUAUCUGAGAGCCGUCUGUGAUAGUUCAAGACGAGUCAGCGGCACAAGCUUGUGACAAACUAAUAAACAAGUUUCUGCUGAACACUGUUUCCCACAACACUGCCAAUGUUUGAAUGCAUCAAUCCACAUCUAGUUUGUGCUCAACACACAUUCCAGAACUGGAGAUACUGCGUCAAAAGCUGCUCACCCUGGAAGUUGUGGUUUUAUUUCUGACGUCCCAUGGUUGUCUUACACGUCUUUGUCUGACAGAAUGUAAAAUGAGGUCUUCCAGGUGCCAAUAAAUCUAUAGAUCAGAAGGACAUCAGACCCAUUUCAGUCUUCUGGUAUUUGCCUGUUUUCAUUCUCUUCUACAAGCAGCAUCGAGUUCAAAUGGGAGCAAAUCACACCGUCAGCCUCCCAAAAUCUAGCGUUAUA